AUGAUUAUUCGAUUUUACUUUAUUUAUUUAUUAAAUAUUGGUAUUUAUUUAAUAAUUGUGAAUUCCUAUGAUAAUGUUAAAAUAUUCAAUGAUGAAAAUAAUACGGAUAUGUUAGAUGAAAGUUUUAUUACAUUACAUAGAGUUACACAUGAUAAUGUAUCGAAUCCGAUAUUUAUCAAUGACCCAUCAAUAUUUCUGACAAGUAUAUUACCACCAACAACAACUCCAAUGUCAAAGACAAUGAUGACUACAGAACCAACUGUACUUCCAAUAUAUAUUAUCACAAGUUUUAGUACACUAGCCACUACGAUACAAACUACUACUCUAUUAUAUAAUCCUGAUAAUUGUCCAAUGAAAGAUUUUGUUCAAUUACCUAACGGUACAUGUAUAUCAAAAAUUGAUGCACAAAAAAUUACAGUCAACGUAUUAAACAAUAGAUCUUACAAUGCAAUUGAUACAGCUCAUGCUCUUUCCUUAUAUGUAAGUUCAAUUACAAAUUCAACAACAAUAAAAAAUCAAACGGAUGUUUUAUCAGUGAAUAAUAUUAAUAAUAUUGUUGAUAAUCUAGAUGGUGUUAAUUUAACUAUAAACUCAAAUACAUCAUUUCUUAUGGUUCAACAUCCAAAUAAAGGUAAUAAUAUGAUUGUUUUGGGUGUUUCAUUUAAACAUGGUAUUGGUGGUAAAAUUGUUGAUACAUCAAAUGAACAAAAUAUAACGCACUCAUUUUUAUCAGCUGCAGCUAUUGUUAGUCAAGAAUCAUUAAAUGGUGUAAUAUCUUUUAAUAUGCUUAUUAUUGAUAAACCUACUGGAUAUGAAUAUGUUGAUAAUUCAACAAAUAAAACACUUGCAUCAUCUGUUAUUGUCACUAGUCUACGCCGAAAUAGUUCGAAUUUUGAUUCAAUGACUAUUUCGUUAUAUUUUAAACCUUUAGAUGAAUACAAACGGAAUGAUUCUGGAAAGUAUUUAUGUUCAUUUUAUGAUACAAAAAAUUUACAAUGGAAUGAAUCCGGUUGUAGUGAUGCUCAGUAUAAUAAAGAAUAUAAUCGAUAUGAAUGUGUUUGUUAUCAUCUAACUUCUUUUGCUCUUAUUUGGUUACCAGAAUCGUUAUUAACAGAAAUUGGUAGAAAAAAACUUGAUGCACAAGAUAUCGCUUCACUUAUAUUUCAAUCUAUCUCUAUUUUAUGCUUUCUAGCAAUUAUUAUUCAUGCAAUUAGUGUACGUAUUAUAAAAUCACCAAUAAAUAUCCAAGCGCUUAAUUUACUUCCAUUAAUCUCAACGGCAAGUACUACCAUACUUUUUAUUUUUUUUAUUAUACUUUCUAUGACUGUAUAUACACAAACAUCAUCUUCAAAUCAAACUCAAUGUUUUUUAAGUUCAAGUAUAUUGAUGUUUAUUACUUAUUUCUUGUUAAUUUUUAUGUUUUGCGUAAAAACAAGUGUUGGAUAUUUUUAUUAUUUACGUUUUGUUCGUCUUUUUCCACAACCAUCACAUCGAAAACUUUUUAUUAUGCUUAUAAUCUCAUUGUUUAUUUCUCUCUUAUGUGUUGCUUUUGCAAUUGGUUUCAAUACCAAACCAUCGUAUAAUAUUACACAAUUAUAUCCAUAUAGACUUUGUUGGUUUUCUCGAAAUGUUAUUUAUUAUUUUCUAACAAUACCUAUUUGUACAUUUCUUUUACUUAAUAUUAUAACAAUUAUUCUUGUUUCGAAAAGUAUAAUUACUUAUACACGUAAUGCUGUAACAUCUGGGCAAAUAAAUGAACGAUUAAAACGAUGUAUUCUUGUUUUAUUAUCAUCAUGUGUAACACAAGGUAUUGGAUGGUUGUUUGGUCCCUUUAUUUCAUUUAUAAGUCCAAUAGCUGGAAAUAUUUUAGGAUGGAUUUUUAUUAUAUUGAAUGGAUUGGAAGGUGUUUGGUCAAUAAUUUUGUAUGUAUUAAUUCGGUCACAACAGAUGGAUAAGCAAAGAUAUGCUUCAGCUGCAAUAGAACUUUUAAAAACAACUGGUGUUCCAUCAAGUAAAGAUAAAAAAUCCAAUAAGAAAGAAGAACAAAAAGAAAAUGAUGUUCAAAUCAUGCAUAAGAAUGUAGAACACGAACAACCAUCUAUACGCAAGAGAGAAGUGAUGGAUUUUCCCAUUGAUGACAACUUAAUUAAAGUAUCAAAUUAA